AUGCAUCCCAGAAAUCCAUACAAGGAUAAACCUCCGGAUUUCAGUUUACUCGCUGAUAAAUUCGUUGAGUUUCGAUCUCAUUGCUAUAUUGGCUCAAAUGGAAAGUUGAAAAUGAAUUUCCGCGAUACAAAUGCUGUACGGAUUCUAGCUCGAACUUUACUACUCAGUGAUUUCGGAUUAGAUGUUGAUAUACCUCCUGAUUGUCUGGUACCACGUAUACCGCAACGCCUUAAUUAUAUUCUUUUCAUUGAUGAUUUGUUAAAAGCAAAUGGCAUUUCCGAGAAUGCUUUCGGCAUUGAUAUUGGGACGGGUGCAUCGUGUAUAUAUGCUUUGUUGGGUGCAAAACAAUUUGGUUGGAGAUUUCUGGCAACUGAUGCAGAUCCUUUUGCGAUUGAAAUUGCAAGUCGAAAUGUAGAGAAAAAUGGCAUGAACGAGAGAAUUGAGGUUGUGCGAGUGCCAUCAGACUGUAUGAUUAAGGAUGUUGUUCGUUCUCAUCCAGAAACCGAAUUCACAUUUUGCAUGUGUAACCCUCCAUUUUAUGAAUAUGAUGAAUUUGAAGAGAAGUUCAGAUACUUAGGAGAUAAUGUGCUGACAAAUGUUGGUGGAUCGAAUUGUAUAGAUCGUCCUGCACCUCAUUCAGCCACUGUUGCUCGGAGUAACGAACUGGCUGUUACGGGCGGAGAAGUUGCAUUUGUUUCUCGUCUAAUUGAAGAUAGCUUCGUUUUGCAAAACUCUGUGAAGCUGUAUACAUCAAUGGUUGGUAAGAAAUCAAGCCUUAUUGAGCUCCGGAAAAAACUAAGACGUUGUUUGAGUGUACAUUCAACAGUGACGACACUGUAUCAAGGGAAAACGCACCGCUGGGUGCUUGCUUGGACUUUCGGAGCUCGAAUAAAAUUGGAUAAAUUGGCAAAAUGCGCACCACCACUGGAGCUUUAUUUGCCACCGGUUUUAGAAGGUAAAGAAAGUUCAUUCGCUUGGAUAAGAAAAGUAUUGGGUUUGCUGGAGGUGUCUUGUGAAAAACAAGAUAGCAGUAGCUUUUUAUGUGAAGCUGUCAGGAAUACGUGGUCACAACAGCGACAAAAACGUCGUGCGGAAAGAAUCUCGGCCAUUUGCUCACCAUUGAGUAAACGAUACUGUCAUGGUCGAACCGAUGUUGGUUGCACAGUUAAUUUGGGUAGUGGUGAUGGCAAAGAUAGUUAUAGCAAUGCUGGGAAUUUUACGGAAUGUACAGUAUUUAGUGGAAGCAAGAAAAGUGAAGAUACACGUGAUGUGUCUGUGCAGACAUAUAUACCAUUGGAUAGUGAAUUGCAACCAUUAAUUCGUUUUCGAUUAGUAAUAUAUCCUUCUGAGCAUUGCUUGAAAUUAUACUGGUUGGAGGGAUCGCGUCACUCUUUGCAUCAGAUAUGGCAGUUUUGCAGAAAUCAGCUUACCAAAUUGGAAAAAUCAAUCCAACCUUCAUCAUCUUAG